CCGCAAACCAUGUCCGUUCUACCAAUUGGCCUCGUGGCGCUCUCGUUCGCCCUGUCGGCGGUUGCCCGGACAACAACAACAGGGAGCCGUGCAGGGAGGCUCGCAAGAGGCGCUAUCGCUGGCAUUGUCGUCGGCGCUGUCGUGCUCGUGCUGGUGUUCUUCCUCUGCUGUUGUCUCAUAUUCCGCCGCCGUCGCGCACGGAACACCGGCGGGCUCGCCCAACCGGGAACGUUCGGGUGGGGCAACGGCGCAGUAAACGGACCUGCGGCGCAAGAGGCUGGAUACGCUUCAGGCCCGGGACACAACAACGGACCGGGAUGGAACGCGGGCGGUCAGCCAGCGUACGGCGGCGGCACGUACCAGCCCCCGCAAGGCCCCCCGCCGGGCGUGGCUCCCCAGCCAGGAGGCUUUGCACCUUCCCCUGGUGCCCCUCCCGCCGCACACACCCGCCCGUACUAAGCGGAAGCACCUUUAUACCCGUGGCGUUUUAGGACCGCCCAUGUAUACGAACGGGCGCACCUUUUUCUCUCCUUCGGACAGACAGACGAUAUCGACCUCUUCUCGUUACGAGCCGUCGAUAACCUUGUGUAUCAUUAGUAUCAACCAUGUAUUUUAGUAUGACACUGUCAAAGUAAUGUGUUCC